AUGAAGUCAUCGGUGCGUCGGCUGUACCGUUUGUCGGGUGUGCUCCUGCACCUUGGGCGCCAAUCUACUUCCGGUCACUACAUCGCUGUAGUGAGAGAAAAUCAGCCCACCUCCUGCCUCUACGACCCUGCCGUUCAGGCCGAGGGUAGCACAAAUGACGAUGCUGAUACAGCGGCCGGCAGCUGUGACCUCACACAGGACUGUUGGAAGAUUUGUAAUGACGAGCAGUCCCUAGGCGGGAAUGUGACAGCAACAACGACUGCGCAACCAGUGGACACCCUACCCUCGAACUUUCACACGUCCACUACUGCCUACAUGAUUUUCUACCGUCGUAUUGCUGAACAAGAUGAGUCCGGUCAAGGGCCCGUGGACUGUGUUCCUGUUCCUGAACACCUGGAAGCCAUCACUAAGUGCAAGACUGCGGCCUACCUAGAGGAUCUGGCGACAAAACGUGCUGAACAGGUGGCGUAUAAGAAGUUGCUGUUUGAGCGCAGUACUUUGCGGGCCGAGAUACUCUCCCGACUGUCGCUUAAGCCGUCUCCGGUGGCUGAAAUCGCCAUCCCGGCAGAGAAGCGCCGACGGCGAGAUGAACAGAUCACUACCACCACUGCCUCUCCUUGUCCCGUGUCAUCUAACGCCGCCUCCUCCUCUUCCUUGGAAGGCCAAGUUAGCCUGACUGAUGUCUGCCUUGUGCCCACUCAGUGGUUGAGUGACUGGCUGAGGGAGCCCGAGAAGUGUCCCCCGCAAUUGCUCCUGCCGGAUCAUCAACCUGUCUUCGUAAUGUCGCCUACAGAAUCGGGCCAGACCCGCUCGCAUUCUCUGACCUUGUGUCCGCAUGGUCAUGUUCCGCCGGACACCGCACCGUCCACGCUUCGAGCAGUCUCAUUGGAUGGCCUUCGGUCCUGCUUGGCUUCUAUCGACAAUGACAGAGAUACGUCUAGGUAUGUUUGUUCUUUUCAAGCCAUUUGA